AUGGCCAGCACACCAAACGAGAAGGGCUUACAGGGAGAUCACCUGCCCCAGGACUCCCAGAACUCCCAAUACUCCCAUCAAGACCACUCCACCUCCACAUCCAUCACACGAACCUCCUCAUCCGAUGACACUUUGAUGCAACCUGCCCACCCUCAUGCGCCUUUCGACCCCGCCGAAGCCGAAUAUCUGACCCAGCUGGCAAGCUGUGACCAACAGCUCUCCCGCAUUGCCUCCCGGGCCAUUGCCCCAGGGGACCCAGCCUUGGACCCGGACAGCAAGGAGUUCGAUCUGUAUCAGUGGCUCCGACGAGUGGUUCACCAGCUGAAGGAUGAGGGUAUCCCUCGGUCCAAAGCCAGCAUCUACUUUCGCGACCUCCGUGUCACUGGUACCGGUGCCGCCCUGCAGCUCCAGCAGACAGUGGGUGGCCUGUUCACCUCCCUGUUGCGUCCCCGGGAGACCUUCAAUCUGGGUCCCAAGACGCCCAAGCAGAUCCUCAAGCAGUUUGAUGGUGUCCUCGACAGUGGAGAACUGCUGAUCGUUCUGGGACGGCCAGGAUCCGGCUGCAGCACAUUCCUCAAGACUUUGUGCGGCGAACUGCACGGUCUACAGGUGGACUCCAAGUCCGAUAUUCACUACAGUGGUAUUCCACAGCGGACCAUGCAGAAGCAGUUCAAGGGAGAGAUGGUCUACAAUCAGGAGGUUGACAAGCACUUCCCUCAUUUGACCGUCGGUCAGACCCUGGAAUUCGCCGCCUCAGUUCGGACUCCCUCUGCCCGUACACAAGGCCUCUCUCGAGAGGAGUAUUCCAAGCUGAUGACCAAGGUGGUCAUGGCCGUCUUCGGACUGACCCAUACCUACAACACCAAAGUGGGCAGUGACACCGUGCGUGGUGUCUCCGGUGGUGAGCGGGAAGCGCCUCUGAAGUUUGUCCAAUCGCUGCGGCUGGCCGCCGAUCUGGACAACUCCGCCCAUGCGGUCGCCAUCUACCAGGCCAGUCAGGCAAUCUACGACUUGUUUGACAAAGCAGUUGUCCUCUACGAAGGCCGCCAGAUCUAUUACGGACCUGCGUCGGCCGCCAAGGCCUUCUUUGAACGCCAGGGCUGGUAUUGUCCACCCCGCCAGACAACCGGUGACUUCCUCACGUCUGUCACGAACCCCAUUGAGCGACAACCCCGUGCCGGCAUGGAGAACCAGGUGCCCCGCACCCCGGACGAAUUCGAGGCCUACUGGCACAACUCGCCCGAGUAUCGGGAGCUGCAACAGGCAAUGGCGAAGCAUCAUGAUGAGACGAUUGCACAGUCGGAGGAGAAGUUGCGCGAGUUCCAGCAGCAGAAGCGCCAGGCUCAGGCCGAUCACACGCGACCCGCCUCGCCAUAUCUCUUGAGUGUGCCGAUGCAGAUCAAGCUGAACACCAAACGCGCGUACCAGCGGGUUUGGAACGAACGUACAUCGACCAUCACCUCUUUCGUCGGAAACUGUAUUACCGCGCUCAUUGUCGGUUCUGUCUUCUACGGGACGCCUGCUGCUACAAGUGGUUUCUAUCAGAAGGGCGGUGUGCUGUUCUACGCCGUGCUGCUGAAUGCUCUGACUGCUAUGACCGAGAUCAACAGUCUAUACUCACAACGGCCUAUCGUCGAGAAACACAACUCAUACGCCUUCUAUCAUCCCUCCACGGAAGCCAUCGCUGGUAUCCUCAGUGAUAUUCCCGUCAAGUUCUUGCUCGCUGUCGCCUUCAACCUCAUCCUAUAUUUCCUCAGUAACCUACGGCGUGAGCCUUCUCAGUUCUUCAUCUACUUCCUCAUCAACUUCGUCAUCAUGUUUGUUAUGAGUGCCGUCUUCCGUACCAUGGCUGCCAUCACCAAAACUGUGUCACAGGCCAUGACUCUUGCUGGAAUUCUCAUUCUGGCGCUGGUCAUCUACACGGGUUUUGUUGUGCCUGUGCCCAACAUGCACCCAUGGUUCGGCUGGAUUCAUUACAUCAACCCCAUCUACUACGCUUUUGAGAUUCUGGUGGCCAACGAGUUCCACGGUCGCGACUUCGACUGUUCACAGAUCAUCCCAGCCUACCCCAACUUGCAGGGCGAUACCUUUGUCUGUUCGUCCAAGGGUGCGGUGGCCGGUCGUGACAAAGUUAGUGGCGAUGCCUAUAUCUGGGCCUCGUAUGAAUACACAUACGACCACGUCUGGCGCAAUUUUGGAAUUCUCAUUGCUUUUCUGAUUGGCUUCUUGGCGAUCUACUUUGUCGCUACCGAACUCAACUCGUCGACGACGAGUACCGCCGAGGUGCUGGUUUUCCGUCGCGGUCAUGAGCCCCCGGCUUUGAAGAACGGCGGUGCCGACGACGAAGAAUCUUCCUCGACUGAUGCACCGGUUCCCGCAUCCAGUGACGAGAAGGCUCAAUCUGAGCUGCCUCCUCUGCCUCCGCAGCGGGACAUCUUCACCUGGCGUGAUGUGAGCUACGAUAUUGAGAUCAAGGGCGAACCCCGGCGUCUAUUGGAUAAUGUUUCUGGGUGGGUGAAACCGGGUACACUGACCGCGCUGAUGGGCGUCAGUGGUGCCGGUAAGACCACCCUGCUGGAUGUAUUGGCACACCGGACGACCAUGGGCGUCAUCACUGGUGACAUGUUCGUCAACGGCAAGCCUCUUGAUUCGAGCUUCCAACGCAAAACCGGCUAUGUGCAACAGCAAGAUCUACAUCUGGAAACAUCCACUGUACGCGAAAGUCUGCGGUUCAGCGCAAUGUUGCGUCAGUCGGAUGCCGUGUCGAAGGAAGAAAAGUACGCCUACGUUGAGGAAGUGAUCCGCAUGUUGAACAUGGAGGACUUCGCCGAGGCCGUCGUCGGUGUUCCGGGCGAGGGACUGAAUGUCGAGCAGCGAAAGCUGUUGACGAUCGGAGUGGAAUUAGCGGCGAAGCCAAAGCUUUUGCUAUUCCUUGACGAGCCGACUAGUGGUCUUGACUCGCAGAGCUCCUGGGCUAUCUGCAACUUCCUGCGCAAACUCGCUGAUUCAGGCCAAGCCAUCCUGUGCACCAUUCAUCAGCCGAGCGCGAUUCUCUUUGAACAGUUCGACCAACUGCUCUUCCUGGCUCGCGGUGGUAAAACCGUCUACUUUGGUCCUAUUGGCAAAAACUCGCGUACCCUCCUCGACUACUUCGAGGGCUACGGCGCACGUUCCUGUGCGGAUGAUGAGAACCCGGCUGAAUACAUGCUGGAGGUCGUCAACGCAGGCACUAAUCCGGAGGGCAAGACCUGGUCUGACCUGUGGAAUGCCAGUCCCGAAGCCGCCGAAGUACAGCAUGAAAUCAACCGUAUCCACGAGAGCAAGAAAGGCCAGCCAGAGCAUGAUCCCAAUGAGAUCCCCGAUCCCCGUGAGCACGCCGAAUUUGCCAUGCCCAUCAUGAAGCAGCUUCCCACUGUCUUCCGCCGGGUUUUCCAGCACUAUUGGCGGACGCCGAACUACGUGGUGGCCAAGAUGAUGCUGGGCCUGUGUUCCGGUCUGUUCAUUGGUUUCUCGUUCUUCCUCCCGGACCAUUCCCAGCAGGGCAUGCAGAAUCAGAUCUUCUCGCUGUUCAUGGUCUGUGCUAUCUUCUCUUCGCUCGUGCAACAGAUCAUCCCCCUGUUCCUGACCCAGCGAGCGCUGUACGAGGUGCGCGAACGCCCGUCCAAGACUUACUCCUGGUCCGCCUUCAUGAUGUCUUCCAUUCUGGUUGAGAUCCCGUACCAGAUCGUCAUGGCGGUCAUCGUCUUUGCCUGCUACUACUACCCGGUUUCCGGCGUGCAGAGCUCCUCCCGACAGGGUCUCGCUCUGCUCUACUUCAUUCAGUUCUUCGUGUAUGCCAGCACCUUCGCCGACCUGGUCAUUGCCGCUCUCCCGGACGCGGAAACCGCCGGUGCCAUCGUGACCCUUCUGUUCUCCAUGGCUCUGACCUUCAACGGUGUCAUGCAGACCCCCGAAGCCCUCCCCGGCUUCUGGAUUUUCAUGUACCGCGUGUCGCCGUUCACCUACUGGGUUGGCGGUGUCGCCGCGACGCAGAUGCACGGCCGGCCUAUCCAAUGCAGCGAUGUGGAGCUGUCGAUCUUCAACCCGCCCAGCGGUCUGACGUGCGGGGACUACAUGGCCAAGUACAUGUCCGUGGCGCCGGGGUACCUGCAGAACCCCAACGCGACGCAGGACUGCUCAUACUGUUCGCUGAACACAGCGGACCAGUAUCUGGAGAGCGUGCAUAUGCCGUGGGACCAGCGGUGGCGCAAUUUUGGCAUCUUCUGGGCAUACAUCGUGUUUGAUAUUGCAGCAGCGGUGGCGUUGUACUAUUGCUUCCGGGUGAAGAAGUGGAACUUUAGUUUUGGAAAGAAGAAGUCUGCUUAG